GGUGAGACACUAUCAUCAUGCGUCGUGCUUUCGAGGCAGUUAAAAUUCUCGUCGAGUAAGGCCAAAGCAACUUGCUGUUCGUUGUUGAAAUUUCGAUCAAAAUAUUUGGAAAAUUGCUGCUCAAGAUUUUUAUACUUUUGACGUUUUUGGGAAAAUCUUCAUAUCGUGAACAUUGGGAGCAACUUCAUGUCGUGAUACGUGCGAUGAACUGAUGGGCACACUUUAGUGGCGGACGGACAGCCUGGUAUUAAUUUUGAAUUAGUGGGUAUUAUCGCAUGCGAUAUGUCGUAAUGCCUAAUGGAUCCCGAUUUCGAGUAUCAGCUUAGCUGUCAAGCCGAGGAAAGUCGCAAAGCUGGUCCUGAUGCACAACAUGUUGCGGAGUCCUUAACUGAGGCAUCAGGAAUAUACCGGGAUCCCAAUGAUGGAACCGUCUAUGAAUGGGAUCACGUACGAAAAGCCUGGUUCCCGAAGAUUGAUACCGACUUCAUUGCCAUGUACCAAGCUUCCUACGGUGUGCCACCCAACUCUUCCGCGGACGCUGUUAAGAGCGAUACAUGCGCAGAUCCUUCUCGAACACUGACCAAUGCGCCCCAUCCGGUCGGCACAUCCUACGACGAUGACGACGAUUUUGAGGGAAUGGCCAGGCCACAUCCAUCCAAAUUAUCCAGUCGGAAGCGCAAACCCGAGCCGGAAGAUACCUCCGAAUUUGUUACCGUUAAAAAAGCAGCAGCAGAAGAGAAACGGCGAAAAAACCAGGAAUCCGCAGCAUGGUUUGAUAUUUCCGAUGAACACAACCGAAACGUUUAUAUCAGUAACUUGCCGGAGGACAGCACGGAAGAAGAACUUCUGGAAAUAAUGUCGAAAUGUGGUAUUGUUAUGAUGGAUCCACGAACUAAUCGACCCAAACUUAAACUUUACAAAGACAGCGAAGGCCGUGUUAAAGGCGAUGCUCUAUGCACAUACCUCAAAAUAGAAUCCAUUCCUUUAGCUCUGCAAAUAUUAGACGGGUACCGUUUCAAGAAAAAGGACAUCAAGGUGGAGCGUGCCAAGUUCAAUCUAAAGGGCGAAUAUAAUCCUGAAAUCGCCAAGCGUCAGAAAUUAAAGAGGGAGGAAAAGAAACGAUUACAGAAAAGCGAAUCCAAACUUUUAGAUUGGAGACCAGACAAAUUGGCUGGGACUCGGCCUAAAAAUGAAAAAGUAGUUCUUAUCAAAAACAUGUUUGAUCCCAAAGAAUUUGAGAAAGAUCCCGCGCUUAUUUUGGAGUUCAAGAAAGAUCUGCAACUUGAAUGCACCAAUUUUGGUGAAGUGAAGAAAGUGAACAUUUAUGAUCAUCAUCCGGAUGGCAUAGCCACGGUGGGCUUUGCGGAAUUUGAGCAAGCCGAUGCAUGUCUUGCCCGCAUGAAUGGCCGAUGGUUUGCAGGACGGCAGUUGUCAGCGGAACUAUGGGAUGGUAAAAAUAAAUACAAAGUGGAGGAAACCGAGGAGGAAAAGCAGAAACGGCUGGGCCAGUGGGAGAGAUUUCUUGAUGGAACUCAUGCGGAGUCGUAAAGCGUUAUCUCUGCCAGUUUCUUCACGCUUUCUUACGUUCAGUGUUUGGUUUGAACUAUAGGCGUUGGGCGCUGAGAAUUUCUUGUACUGCAUAAAUUAAUUAUUCUAAUGGUUGUGAUCUUUUUUCAGUUGCUUUUAUUACCGAUAGAUAACAGUGAGUCGAAGCAGAUAGUGAAUUGAUGUUUAAAGAAAUCGAACGGGGAUACUGAA